AUGGCGCAGCCAGCGCUUUCUGGAACACAAAGGUCUCUGCCGACCAUUGCCGCUGAUGGAUGGUUUGGUAGUGGAAAGAAAAGGGAGGACGAUGAGCGCAUCAUGCCAGUUCUGGUCAACGUCUCCAGCCAGGCUAUCGAAGUGCAUUUCAUCCAUAUGAAACCAGCCAAAGGCACUUAUAAAGUUAUUGUUCCGUUGCUGCUGGUGCACGGGUGGCCAAGUAAUGUUUUCGAAUUCUACAAGAUCAUUCCGAUGCUUGUCGAUCCAGUGCAACAGCUCGGCUCCGAUGUGGACCUCGCCUUCGAAGUGGUGGCACCUUCGAUCCCUGGAUUUGCAUGGUCGAGCGCCCCGAAGAAAACUGGAUUCAAUACGGAAGCCACGGCAAGGAUAUUUUGGAAGUUGAUGACUCGCCUGGGAUUCUCGAGGUUUCUUCUGCAAGGUGGCGACUGGGGCUCUCCUAUAACAACAAGCAUCGCGCUGUAUUUUCCUCAACAUGUGAUCGGUUUGCAUCUGAAUAUGGCCACGGCGAUCAGCUGGAAGGCACUGCUCUAUCAGCUGGUUGGUUUGGUGUUACCUAAAUUGGCUUUUUCAUCCGAGACGUUUCACCACUUCAGUCCAAGCACUUACUUUAUGGAUGUUUUACAAGAGACUGGUUAUCUACAUAUUCAGGCUACCAAGCCGGAUACAGUCGGUAUGUUUCUGGGAUAUUUGAAUGCACUUCGGCCUCAGCUGAUUCCUGUCUCUGUGACUCAGAAGAGCCUCACCGAUUAUGAAAAAUACACCGAGGAUGGGUUUAUUUCAGCUUCACGUUUCUAUUCUCCAGACUAAAC